CGUGUGCGCUACAAUGGUGCGGGGUCGAUUAAAACAUGGUUGCAUCUCGUCCUCGUCGUCGUCUAUUUCCAGUUUGUGCACAUGUGUUCAACAUUUGUCCGACGUAGGUAUAUUAUACACGAGUUGAUCGUUAACGCCAGCUGAUCGCGAGUCUUGUACCUAAUUUUAAGUCUUCGUCGCUGCCGUCGUCGUCGUCGUCGUCGUCGCCCAAGACUCGAGGAGAGCCUCCUCAGACACGAAACAUCGAGACUAUAAUUUAACCGCGGACACGACCAUGGACUACGCUACGCCGAUGAUCCUGCCACUAUUACUGAUCACCACGAUUAUACCCGUGUUCGAAAGUUGCGACCAGAGCAGACAGGGCUGUCGAAUACAAGAAGGCCAAUGUCUUUGCGGCAAGGGUUGCUAUUCCGAGUACAGAUACAGUAACUACGAGGAAUGCCACAAAGCUCUAAAAGGUCGUCGAUUCGAUUUCUGUGCACAAGGUCCGUGUAAUCAUAACGGAGUGUGCGUUCAAACUUCGCAAGAACCGGGAUACAAAUGUAGAUGCGCGGGAACUGGAUAUUACGGCGCAAGAUGCGAAACAAAAUGUUAUGGUCAGAAUACGACUACGAAACAGGAAGUCCCGUUUGAAUGUAUCGUUAUCUAACUGCAAUGGAUUUAUUUAUUUUUUUUUAAUUUUAUAAACUAUCUUACAUCAAAU